CAGGCUCAUGCAUGUAAUCCGUCACCUUGAAAAGUACGCACCCAUAAGAAAGAGACCUCCAUGAGAGAUGACCCAUUCAUUGUGCGAGAAUCAUGAACGAUUGCACAUCAGUGCACUUGAGUACUAGGUAGUUAGUUGCCUCUCAGCCGCUAACAAAAUUCUACCUCGAGUACUGUACCUUACACCAACCAAAAGUCACACUCGCACCCGACGCGAUCAUCGUUGAUGAUAGGCGGAGUAAUUUUAUCUUUUGGUUUUCGAUCACCAGGUACAACCAAACUGUGGGCCACUUCUACGAUUGAGAUUCUCAGUCAAAACCAGAAAAAAAAAAUAAAAACAAGCAGAAAUCUUGUGAUGGGUUUAGGUGUUGGCAGUUGCCCAUCCCUCUUUUUGCUUUGGAUCACAGAUCUACUAGUUUUGUACUACAGAGGUCGGCAAGGGUAUGUGCCUGUAGACCAGACAACCUUCUUUGCUUCGGUUCAGUAGCUCGUCUCAUCUCCCAGCCGUUGCAUGGGGUGAGUGGAAUCAGUCUCUGGAGAGUAUCUUAUGACUAGGUAGCUUACACGCCGCUAAGUUAGUGACUUCAUGCUGCAGCCCAAUAUGCGGGGAGGGUUGGCGGUGACAAUGCCGUUGAGAUGUAUGUACAUUUACAUGUACCGUGUGGCGAAGAAGUGUCUAAUUAUGUGCAUAGUGCAUCGUGAAAACGAGGGUCCAGCUUAUUGAAAAAUAUGGGGUUUCAAAGUCAUUUUAUUUUCCCGUGUGGGGAAAUGUACAGUACUGUUAUACCUUGCUUCAAUGAUAGAAUUUGUUGGGGAAGAAGGGGGGGGGAGUGGAGGAGGGGAGGGGUCCAAAAAGUCAACUCAACGACAGCAC